UCUCAAUUAAAUUGGUGCAACAGGUGUAUCAGGCUUAGGUUCUGCUUUAGCAAAGUGCAUUAAUCUCUCAAACUUGACACUUGAUCUUAGUCGCAAUUAAAUUGGUGAUGAAGGUACAUCAGGCUUAGGUUCUGCUUUAGCAAAGUGCAUUAAUCUCUCAAACUUGACACUUGAUCUUAGUGUCAAUUAAAUUGGUGCAGCAGGUGCAUCAGACUUAGGUUCUGGUUUAGCAAAGUGCAUUAAUCUCUCAAAUUUAACACUUUAUCUUAUUCUCAAUUAAAUUAGUGAUGAAGGUACAUCAGUCUUAGGUUCUGCUUUAGCAAAGUGCAAUAAUCUCUCAAACUUGACACUUGAUCUUAGUCACAAUUAAAUUGGUGAUGAAGGUACAUCAGGCUUAGGUUCUGCUUUAGCAAAGUGCAUUAAUCUCUCAAAUUUUGCACUUUAUCUUUAUUAUAAUAAAAUUGGAGAUGAUGAAGCAUAAUUUUUAGGUUCUGCUAUAUCAAAUUGUAUUAAUCUCUCAAAUUUGACCCUCAACCUCGAAAGUGGCUAAAUUGGUGAAAAGGGUAUUUCAAAUGUAUGCUAUGGUUUAGCAAAAUGUGUUAAUCUCUCUAAUUUAAAACUUGAUCUUGACUCAAAUUAAAUUGGUGUAAAGGGUGCUUAGGAAUUAGGCUUUGUCUUGGCUAAGUUUGCUUAUCUAACAAGUUUUUCCCUCAAUCUUAAUGAAAACUAAAUUGGUGAUGAAGGCAUAUUUCAAUUAAAUUCUGGUUUAAUGAAAUGCAUAAAUAUCUCAACUUUAACACUUGAACUCAGUUUAAAUUAAAUUAGUGCUUAGGCUACAUUGGACUUAAGUAUUGCAUUAGCAAAAUGCAGUUAUCUCUCUAAUUUGACUCUAAACUUGAGUUCGAAUUUAAUUGGUUCUCAAGGGGCUUCAGAUUUAUGCCAUGCCUUAUCAAAAUGUGCUCUUCUCUAAAAUUUAAUACUUAACUUGAGCAUGAACUAAAUACAAGCAUAAGGUACAUCAAAUUUAAGUUAGGGUUUGGCUAAGUGCACUAAUCUAAAGAAUUUAUCACUUUAUCUUGGGAAUUCAAUUCAUAUUUGA